UCACAUUCAUUGUAACUGUAUAUGACGAUUUUGUAUACAGGAUGUCCUAAAAUGUUAUCGAAUGAUUUAAACUUCUUACAAGGAAAUUAUGAAAAAAGAGAAUAAUCGUCGUUGACGAAUAAUCAGGGCGAUUACGGCGAUUUAAUGACUCCAUAUUUACCGAACCCAAAAUGCGUGACUAAGAACGUAUCUGAUAAUAUCAGGACACCUUGUAUAAUACAGCAAGUAUUAAAAAAAAGGACCGGCAAUAUUAUCUCCGAUCUCCAGGUAAUAAAAUCGUGAUUUCAACAGCAUUACUUUUUAUUUCUUGCUUCGAUUAUCAUUGACAAUGCCACUCAACUUUAUUAGCCAUUGCUAGGAUUAAUUUCACCUUUUGUACGAAAAUCAUCACAGAAGAAUGGGCCAACAAGUCUCAAGAACGGAUUUCGAAUGGGUUUACACCGAGGAACCACAUGCUUCACGACGUAAAAUAAUUCUAGAGAAAUAUCCACAAAUUAAGAAGUUGUUUGGAUAUGAUCCAAAUUUCAAAUGGGUUGUUACUGUAAUGGUAUUAUUACAGUUUCUAUCAUUCUUCAUUGUUAAAGAUUUGAGUUAUCCCAAACUCUUGCUACUAGCAUAUUGCUUUGGAGGUGUAAUAAACCACUCUCUUAUGCUUGCGAUACAUGAAAUAUCUCAUAAUCUUGCCUUUGGACAUGCCAGGCCUAUGGCUAAUCGACUAUUUGGCUUUUUUGCAAAUCUGCCAAUAGGAAUACCGGUAUCUAUUAGUUUUAAAAAAUAUCAUCUUGAGCACCAUCGUUAUCAGGGAGAUGAAAAGUUAGAUACAGACUUACCAACAUUAUUAGAAGCGAAAUUAUUUUGUACAACUUUUGGGAAGUUUUGUUGGAUAAUGCUACAACCAUUCUUUUAUUCAUUUCGACCUCUUGUAACAUAUCCAAAAGUACCAACUUCUUUAGAAUAUAUAAAUUUAGUUAUACAAUUGAUAUUUGAUGCUUGUGUAUGGUAUUUUUUCGGUGGUAAAGUACUAUUUUACUUACUUAUUGGCUCUGUUAUGGCAAUGGGAUUACAUCCUGUGGCAGGUCACUUUAUAUCGGAACAUUACAUGUACAAAAAAGGUUUUGAGACUUACAGUUACUAUGGUCCUCUAAAUUUCAUUACUUUCAAUGUCGGGUACCACAAUGAACACCAUGACUUCCCUGCAGUGCCUGGUUCGAGGUUACCAGAAGUAAAACGUAUAGCCGCAGAAUUUUACGAUAAUUUGCCACAGCAUAAUUCAUGGGUUUCUGUUUUGUACGAUUUUGUGAUGGAUCCUGAAAUCGGGCCAUAUGCAAGAAUGAAAAGAAGGCAUCGAGGAUUGAAUUGA